AUGCCUGAGGAAUGCAUAGAACCGGAUUCGGAAUUCGAGAGUAAUUUAGUGAAUACGGUUUCUUACAUGGUGAGUAUGAUGAUACAGGUGGCGACGUUUGCGGUGAAUUACAUGGGGCAUCCGUUUAAUCAGAGUAUUAGCGAGAAUAAACCGUUUAAGAUUGCGCUUUUGGGAGCGGUUGUGUUUUUUACAGUGAUUGCUUCGGAUUUGUUUCGGGAUUUGAAUGAUUGGUUGAAGUUGGUGCCGUUGCCAAGGGAGUUGAGGGAUAAGCUUUUGAUUUGGGCGGUUUUGAUGUUUGUUGGGUGUUAUAGUUGGGAAAGGGUUUUUUUUUCAAUAUUUUGGAGUUUUGGUUGGGGGCUGGGCAUCACCUGGAAAAAAGAAAGAAAAGAUAAUAGAAGGAGAUUCUUGUGUGUAGCUGCGACUUAUCUCCCCAAAAUUGAAGAACAAAAAGAUGAUGAAUGA